CCCCGCGGUCCGCGCCCCCUUCUCUUUCAGCCUCGGGCUCUUGGGAGGCUCGGUGGACCUGCUGACUGGGAAGCGAUAUGGCAGCGACUCUGGGCAGCGGGGAGCGCUGGACCGAAGCUUACAUUGAUGCAGUUAGAAGAAACAAAUACCCGGAAGACAGACCUCAUGAGAGUCCUGACCCCUGUGGUUGCUGUAACUGCAUGAAGGCACAAAAGGAAAAGAAGUCUGAAAAUGAGUGGAAUCAGACCUGGCAGGGGGAGGGAAGCUCUACUUACAGUGAGGAACAGCUGCUUGGCGUACAAAGGAUCAAGAAAUGCAGAAAUUACUAUGAAAUUCUGGGAGUUUCUCAAAACGCCAGUGAUGAAGAGCUUAAGAAAGCUUAUAGAAAACUUGCUCUGAAAUUUCACCCAGACAAGAACUGUGCUCCUGGAGCAACAGAUGCUUUCAAAGCAAUAGGAAAUGCCUUCGCAGUCCUGAGCAAUCCUGACAAGAGACUCCGCUAUGAUGAAUAUGGAGAUGAACAAGCCACUGUCACAGCCCCUCGAGCCAGACCUUAUAAUUAUUAUAGGGACUUUGAAGCUGACAUUACUCCAGAAGAGCUAUUCAACGUCUUCUUUGGAGGGCAUUUUCCUACAGGAAAUAUUCAUAUGUUUUCAAAUGUGACAGAUGAUACUCACUAUUACCGCCGGCGGCACCGACAUGAGAGGACACAGACACAGAAGGAAGAGGAAGAAGAUAAACCUCAGAUGACAUAUUCUGCAUUUAUUCAGCUACUUCCAGUUCUUGUGAUUGUGAUUGUGUCUGUUAUUACUCAGCUGCUGGCUGCUAAUCCUCCAUAUAGUCUAUUCUAUAAAUCGACCUUGGGCUACACCAUUUCUAGAGAAACUCAGAACCUGCAGGUGCCUUACUUUGUGGACAAAAAUUUUGACAAGGCUUACAGAGGAGCUUCUUUGCGUGAACUGGAGAAGACAAUAGAGAAGGAUUACAUUGAUUAUAUCCAGACAAGUUGUUGGAAAGAGAAACAACAAAAGUCGGAGUUGACCAAUUUGGCAGGAUUAUACAGAGAUGAACGAUUGAAACAGAAAGCAGAGUCGCUGAAACUUGAAAACUGUGAAAAACUUAACAAACUUACUGGCCUACGCAGAGGUGGCUGAGAGGAUAAUGAUCCUACACAGGAGUGUCCAGAAAUUAAAAACUAUUGAGCUGUGAAACAGUUUGGUGGACAACUCAAGAGCAGGAAGCAAGGCCCAGGGGUGAAGGUAAAAUGCAAGACCUAGUCUCUGCUCCUCAGUGCAGAUUCCUCAGGCCAUCAUUGAACCCAGAAAAUGUUUUUUUUAUCAUUUCCUCUUGGAAUCAUCAUUUGGUAUCUCACACUUGAGCAGAGUUCCUACACCUCACACAGAUACAGAGUCAGACCCACACAAGGCAUUGCCAACCAUCCAGAUUUUGCUCAGGCCUAGAGGUAGAGGGGACAGAUACCCUCUCUGUGGCUACAGUGGUCUAGUAUUUGCGGUCAUUUUGUUUAACAAGUGCCCUAUAGUUUGUGAUCUGAGAUGCUUUUUCAUUCAUUUAACACUUAUUGAGUGCCUACAAUAAGGAAUGGGCUCUCAUUUAUUUUCUUCCUCACAACUCUGUGAAGUAGAUGCAUUAUCUCUGUUUUUAUGAAUGAGAGCAAACAUUAGCUUAAGGAGGAUAAAUGGUUGACCUGGGUCAUACAGCAGAUAGUAGCAGAACUAGAUGGUAGGCUGAUUAUCAAGUAGAAAGUGGGAGAGAUCAUCCUCAUUUCUCAGAUGAUUCUUGCCAGUUUGGCAAAGCAAAAUCUCUUUCAAGGAUGCCUCUGUCCCCUGUCCUUGAAUAAUCCUUUCUAUGUUCUGGAUCCAUCUACUCCUGCAUCCAUCCAGGAAAACUUCUCUGUUGGUCUUUAGGAAACUGGACCCUUUCUACACAGAUUCUGCAAAGAAAAUAAGAGGCCCCUCAGAUGCAGGCAUCCCUUCCCACUGCUGACAGGAAAAACUAAGUCAUUCCUGGGCUGUGUGGUUUUUUCAGGCCUUCCUGUGGAAGUGAGCUGCUAAGAUUGAGCUGCCCAGAUUAUCUUGAAUCUUUGAACUUGAAAAUUUUGCUAGGUGAGUAUGGUCUAUAUUCCAUGUUCUCUUCAGGUUGGAAGAAAAGUUUCUAUUGGAAAGAGAGUCUAUAUUAAAACUGAUUUCCAAAGUAAAGUUUCACCAUUCAGAUGAAUGCUCAUAAUUUAGACAGCACUAUCUAGCAUAGUUCAUCAUUAAACAUUCCACAGUAGAUGGGUUUAUAGGUAAGGAAUUAGGGCUUUGGUGGCUAGUAGCAGACAAUUGCUGAGUUUGGUGGGGGAGCUUUUCUAGAAAAAGCCAAGUUUUGCUGCCCAGCUUGGCCUAUUCUGGUUUUGAGGGACCUUCUUGACCCCCUCUAAGAGACUAAAGGAUGUACCCAUGAGCCAAACAGGCUUAUGGAAAGUUGUUUUCCUAUACAUACAAAAAUCAAAGCUUUCCUCUCUCCAACCCCAGCCUCUGCUAGAAAAUGGGCCAUAAUGAAACUGAGUUGGCAGGCUAAAAGACCCUGCUCUAGUCACACAGUGAUGAGUUACUUGUGAUAAUACUAACCAGAGACAAUAGUAACUAACUCCAUUAAAUGUCAUGUCAAUUGUCUAGUUUUUGUAUCGCUGAUGGUACUGUCUUAUUACCAACAGACCACAACACUCACAUUGGUUUCUUUCAAGUGAACCAACAUUCUUUUGGUUGAAGAAUAGUUUAAUCUAUGUGGUACUGUUCAAAAUAUUGUUAAACUAUGAUUUCCUGCCUGGGUUAUAUUUUAGAUGAGUUAUCUGCAUGGUGGUAAAAUAGCUUUUUCCUCUUGCCCACAUCCUUUGGAAGAUUUCCUGAUCAUAUAAAAAUUCUUUAGGUAAAGCUUAUUCAUGCUAUCAGAACUUGGCUCUAGACAAGCCAAGACUAAUACAGCUCUAGACUGUUUUAGGGGGCUAUUACUGCAGUUUGGAGACAUCUGUGAUAGGAGUGGGGCUCAGAAAUAAGGCUGAGGCUCUAGCAGAAACUGAAGCUCUCAUUCAAAUAAAGAUGCUAUCUGCAGUGAGGCAGAGAGGAAGAAAAUCUUUCUCAACACAAAAACACUGCAGCUUGAAGGAAUCUGCAUCCGCCAGAUUAGCAGACGAGUAGGGCUCGUCUAUUCAAGCCAGAAAACUUCUAAGCUUCCUUGAUAAGCUCCAGGCCUCAUGGCUUGGGAGAAGUGUCCAUUAAAAAGAUGUCAUUGCUAGCUCAGCACCUGUAGCACAGUAGUUGCGGGGCCAGCCACAUGCACCAAGGGUGGCAGGUUCAAACCCAGCCCAGGCCAGCUAAACAACUGCAACAACAACAACAACAAAAAAAAAAAUAGCUGAGCAUUGUGGUGGGUGCCUGUAGUCCCAGCUGAGGCAAGAGAAUUGCUUAAGCCCAAGAGUUUGAGGUUUCUAUGAGCUGUGAUGCCAUGGCACUCUACCAAGGGCAACAUAGUGAGACUUUGUCUCAAAAAAAAAAGAGAGAUUGUUGCUGUGCUUUCUUUUGGAAACUGUUAGAAAUUAGAGUGAGUUCCAGACACCACAGAAACAUGGGAUCCAGCAGUCUGAUCAAGCUAUGUGUUAUUCUCAUUUUCAUCCUCAUACUCAGGACUGGCUUUGUGAGGAACCACUGCUGGGAUUCCAGCAGCUUUCUGUUACAACUGGCUACACAUGCAAGUUCAUUGUUUCUGCAUGCACUGCUCCUCACAGGAGCUAGCACUUAAUUUAUGUUUAUUUUGGACUUAUUUAAGAUGUAAGCUUAGUGUCCUAACAUUUAUUUUUGGAAAGGGCCAAGUUAUGAAACACCUUAUUUUUGGAGCCUGCUUUGUUAAUACCUCGUGCAAUGACCACCAAGUAAAGAACCGUGUGUUAAAUAUUGAUUAAUAUCAUGUGCAUCACACUCAGUAUUUAAAACUAAAGAUGUGAAUAUUCUGUGUCCAGAGCCGGGAAUGACACAGAUGGGAUCAGCUCCUGGUGGAGUAAGAGUCCUCAAAAAUCUGUUCACCUAAUCCACUGCAUCUGGAAUGAGUGUAUUUUAAAAAGACAAACAUUAAAUGGUUUUAUAU